AUGCGUAUCGAAAUUCCCGUUACACGCGUUCAACGGCAAAAGCCCAGGCCGGAGGACGCCCAACUCGGCUUCGGUCAAGUGUUCACCGAUCACAUGUUCCUCAUGGACGGGGCGGUGGACGCGGGUUGGUCCAACCCGCGCAUCGUACCCUACGGCCCGCUGGCGCUGGAACCGGCCACCGUGGCGCUGCACUACGCGCAGAGCGUUUUCGAAGGGCUCAAGGCCUACCGCGGACAGGAUGACACCGUCCGGCUGUUCCGGCCAGACCGGAACAUCGCCCGAUUCAAUCGCUCGGCGGCGCGGCUGUGCAUGCCGUCCAUCGACCCGGAGCUGUUUCUGGCGGCUCUCAAGCAGCUUGUGGCCACGGACCGAGACUGGGUGCCGCGGGCGCCGGGGACCUCGUUGUACAUCCGUCCGGUGGCGUUCGCGAGCGAUGCCGACCUGCACGUGCGGCCGUCUCGCACCUACGUGUUCUUCAUCAUUCUCUCGCCGGUGGCCGCCUACUAUGCCGAAGGCUUCAAGCCGCUGCGGAUUCGCGUGGAGGACCGUUACGUCCGGUCGGUACGGGGCGGCACCGGCGCGGCCAAGACGGCCGGGAACUAUGCCGGCAGCCUGCUGGCCGGAGAAGAAGCCCAAAAGGACGGCUUUGCCCAGGUCCUGUGGCUGGACGGCAUCAACCAGGAGUACAUCGAGGAAGUCGGCUCGAUGAACAUCGCGUUCGUGAUCGGAGACGAGCUGGUGACUCCGCCGCUUACCGGGACCCUGCUGGAAGGCGUGACCCGCGACUCGGUGCUGCAGCUUGCCAGGGACGAGGGCGUGCAGGUCGCCGAGCGGCCGGUGGCCAUUGCGGAAGUCAUGGCCGCGGCGCGGAACGGGACCCUGCGCGAAGCGUUCGGCACCGGCACCGCGGCGGUCAUCUCCCCGGUGGGUGAGCUGGCCUACAAGGGCGAGCGCGUCCGUGUCCAGGACGGCGAGGUGGGUCCGCUGUCACAGCGCCUGUACGACCGGCUGUCGGACAUCCAGCGCGGCCGCCUGCCGGACCGGCACGGCUGGAUGGUGGCGGUCGAAGAUUGA